CGCGGCCGCGCCGCGAUGGAGGCGCUGGGCAGAUCUGCUGCGCUGGAGCCGCUCGGGCGGCCCGCGCUGCCCGAGGACGCGGUGCGGUACCGCCUGUUCGCGCCGGGCCCCGGCGGGCAGGCGCUGCUGCAGCGCUGCGCUGAGGCGGCCCUGGUGCGGCUCGCCCCGCUCCUGGCCGCCUACGUGUGGCACCGGCAGCCGUUCCGCCUGCGCUACGAGCCGGCCAGGGGCGAGAUCCCAGCGCACAUCGGGGGCACCACCCUGUUCGGGGACAACGUGGAGGACGAGUGGUUCAUCGUCUACCUGGUCCGGGAGAUCACCAGGCACUUCCCGGGGCUGGCAGCCAGGAUCAAUGACAACGAUGGAGAGUUUCUCCUGAUAGAAGCAGCUGAUUUUCUCCCAAAGUGGCUGAAUCCUGAGAAUAGUGAAAACAGGGUGUUCUUUUACAAAGGAGAGCUGCACAUCAUUCCGCUGUCAGAGACUGGGGAGCAGGGAUGGGACCUGUCUGCUCCCUGUCCAACAAUCUCAGAGGCACUGGCACUGUUAUCCACCCGUUCUGAGGAGUUCCUGGCUGCAGAGCCCAUCAGAGCUGCCAUCUAUAAACGCAUUGAUGGGUAUCCUGAGAAGCUGCAGGCCUCCCUGCACCGGGCGCGGUGUUUCGUGCCCGCGGGCAUCGCGGCGGUGCUGCGCCAGCGCCCGUCCCUGGUGGCUGCUGCAGUCCAGGCCUUCUACCUGCGGGACCCGGCGGAUCUGCGGGUCUGUCGGCGCCCCUUCCACACCUUCCCUGCGGACCAGCGUGUGAUGACCAUGGUCACCUUCACACGGUGUUUGUACGCACAGCUGGUGCAGCAGAAGUUUGUUCCAGACAGACGCAGUGGGUACACCCUGCCCACCCCAGCUCACCCUCAGUACAGAGCCCAUGAACUGGGCAUGAAGCUGGCUCAUGGCUUUGAAAUUUUGUGCUCCAAGAGCAGCAAAGUAUCUCCUAAUUCCCAGAGAAAUGCGCUCAGUGGUCCCCUGUGGGAGAGAUUCCUCAGGAGCCUGAAGGACAAGGAUUAUUUCAAGGGAGAAAUGGAAGGCUCUGCUAAGUACUCAGAACUCUUGCACAUGGCAGAGGAUUAUUUCCAGCAGUCUGUUACCACUCCAGAAAGCUCUGUUGAAGUGAGCCCAGGGGAUGAAAUCUUGGCAUUGCUACAGACAACACCCAUUGAUUUGAAGGAAUUUGAGAGAGAAGCAGCUUGUCUUCCUCCAGAGGAUGAUGACAGCUGGCUGGAUAUUACACCAGAUGCUCUGGAUCAGAUGCUGAAGGAGGCAGGAAAUGAGUCCCUUCCUUCCGCAGACGAGGAAGAGCAGAAAUACCACUUGGAAACGGUUGCUGAGAGCAUGAAGGCCUUUGUGUCCAAAGUCUCCACACACGAAGGAGCAGAAAUGCCAUGGUCAUCUGACGAAUCCCACGUUACCUUUGACGUAGAUUCUUUUACAAAAGCCUUAGACAGAAUUUUAGGGGCAGACUCAGAGGAGCUGGAUUCUGAUGAUCUGGAUGAAGAGGAGGAGUUUGGUUUCUCAGAUGAGGAUGAUGAAGACUCAGGUGCUGGAAAUCAAAGGCAAGACCAGAAGGUAUCACCUGAUGAGCUCAUAGGCAGCCUCAAGUCAUACAUGGAUGAGAUGGACCGUGAGCUGGCACAGACCAAUGUUGGGAAAAGUUUCACCACUCAAAGAAAAGGGGCAAGUUCUGUUAAAGCAGCUCCAUCUGAGAGUGCUGGCCCUGCCUGUGGAGCUGAAGACCCGGAAUUGGCUCCAGUUGAUGUGGAUAUGAACCUAGUAGCCAACCUGCUGGAAUCCUACAGUGCUCAGGCUGGCCUGGCAGGACCCACCUCCAACAUUUUACAGAGCAUGGGAGUGUAUUUGCCUGAAAACACAGAUCAUUGUGGCUCCAGCAGCUGAGCAGCACAGGGAGAGACUGUACUGACUGAGAAGACAUGGCUGGUGGAGAAAUGAAGCACAGGCAGACCAGCAGGAUGUGCAAGAAGACACAAAAGGUUUUGACUUAGGGCAUUUUAUGCAUUAUGUGUGACUUUAGAGAUGCAAAGUGAAUCUACCUGCAAAAGCCUUCUGUUUGGAUGCUAUCUAGGGUGGAAAUCAGAGCUUUCCAGUGCUAACACAGAAAACUGAAAAAUGAUGUUGGGACCUGAAUGAGACUUAUUACAAAACCUGUCUUGGAUUUUUCAAACCAAUGAUCCAUCUACCAUCAUUAUAAAAUGCCCUUUUACCUAUUACUGGGUGGUUUCAGUAUCUGGAAAGCAGUUUGUGUUCUGAAAAUGCUGUUGCCUUCAGGGGCAGCUGGGAAAUACCAUGUUACAGGAACACCUCAUGGACUUGGGAACGCUGGUUAAAUGUUCAGCAGACAUUUGAUCCUUCCCAAAAGCACAGUGCUUCAUUGUAAGAACUUCUGAUAAUUACUGGAAGAGUCUGGACCUUAUUAACCAGGAGGGUUUGUGGAGUAAUUGGAUCAAAAAUGUAAAUAUUGGCUAGAAGUACUUUUUGAGUUUAUUUCAGUAAAAGCAGAAAUACAACUUGAUGACUGGAGAUGUCUUUUUCUUUUCCUUUGAAGGUAUGCAGGACUUCCUCAGUGCAGUAUCAGAACUUCUUGGAGUUAAAGCAUUUUCAUAAUUGGGCAUUUUCCGAAUUCCAUUAUUGCUGGAUGUUGGCAUCGUGCCAGCAGUAGCUGUGUGUGAGCUGUGUGAGCUCAACAGGCUGAACAGUUGAGGUUUGUUUUCCAGUGAAAAUGUAGCUGGAAGGCAUGUGCAGUGUGCUGCUUUCACCUGGAAUCAGAAAUCUAUUCUAGAUAUGAGGACUUUACUUUUAACAAGAUACAUUUGAAUUAAAAUUCUUGAUUUGCAGGUAGUAAGAACACAGUCCUGCCAGGUCUGAAUCAAGCUGUUUGUUUGUUUUAAUUCAAUUAAUCAAGUGUCUGAACUGGUAGAAGAGAAGCUCAUUGGUCGAGUUUUUGUUUGUUGUUUGUUUGUGUGUUGGGUUUUUUCAAACAUAGUAUUCAAUGACACAAAAGCCUGACUGAUCCUGAAACCUGAUUGCUUUUAGAGGACUGAAUUAUUAUUAUUAUUAUUGUUAAUGUUAUGUUAUUACUAGUCUAAAUAUUGGAAUACAAUUAGUUGAAUUCUUUGG